CGUGGAAACCGCGGCCAUGGCUGUGCCCGGGCUGGACUCCGGCCGCACCGUCCAGCGCGAGGAGCUUAGCUGCUCCGCAAACUCGUCGGUCACGCCAGUGCUCGCCGUGUCUCCUGGGUCCCCAGAGAUGCCUCUCUCUCCGGGGCAGGUCACCGAGCCGCCGAGCAAGAGCCUGUGGGAGCAGAUCUGCGAGGAGUAUGAAGCUGAGCAGCCUCCAUUUCCAGAAGGAUACCAAGUCAAACAAGAAGCUGUGAUUACUGUUUCACCAUUGGGGGAAAUGCUUUCCCAAGGCUUCAAUACAGAGCACUGUUUUCCAGUUUCCCAUUUCACCAUGAUCUCACAGACACCCUGUCCUCAAGAUAAACCGGAAACAGUCGAUCCAAAAACAUGUUCCCCCAAAGAAUAUUUGGAAACUUUCAUCUUUCCAGUCUUGCUUCCCGGAAUGGCUAGCCUGCUUCACCAAGCAAAGAAAGAAAAAUGUUUUGAGAGGAAAAGAACCAAAUUUAUUGCUUGUGAUUUUCUCACUGAAUGGUUAUACAAUCAAAAUCCAAAGAGGACAGGGGAGCCAUUCACAGAAUUCUUCUCCAUUCCAUUUGUGGAAGAGUGGCUAAAGCACCACCCGAGGCCACCAAUCCCGCUGUCCCUCCUGCUGACAGAAGAGGAAGCAGUUGUCUACAUUCAGUCUUUCUGGAGAGCCUAUAUGACUCGCCGUGAUCCUGAGAUUCAAGAAUUGCGUCAGUGGCAAAAGAAACUGCGCGAAGGCAAGCACAUUCGCCAGCGAGUCAAAAUUUUCUGGGCCAAGCAAGAACAAAAAGGCCUCUUCUCUAUCUCUCCUGAGCUCCAGCUGGAAGGUUUUCCCUGGGCUGUGAAUGGAGUUUUCAGCCCAACACUGACUGGAACGGGAGAGGAUGAGGGCAAUCCAGAGGAGAAGAAGAUGUCCCCAGUCUCAUUAGUAUGCAAGGCCCUUCUUGUCACACUGCCUUUAAUUGAAGCUGAAGGGCUGGUGCAUCUCUCUCCGGGAUUUUCCACUCUCCCAGACCUUCCGGAACUGGCUGGGCCCCAGCCUGCUGAGAGGGACAAGGACGGCGCAGGGGCACCGAGGCAUCUGUCUGUUGGUGUUGGAAGCCAACCCCGUUGA